CGCCGCCGCCGCCCCUUGGGCACUUCGGCGGGGCCGCUGCCCGCGGCCGGGGCUGAGCGCGGCGGGAGGCGGCCGGGCCGGGCCGGCCGGGUGGAGGCACCAUGCAGGCGCGGCGCUUGGCCAAGCGCUCCAGCAUGGGCAGCCGGCGGCUGAGCGCGGCGGCAGCGCAGGUGGACGCGGUCCGGCCCCCCAAGCCCGAGAGCGCCUGGAGGCCGCCCCGGCGGGAGGGCUCCGCUGCGGCGCUGGAAGAAGAGGACGAAGACGAGGACGUGGUGGUUGAGGUGGAGGAGGAAGAGGAGGAGGAGGAGGGCGGCCUGGGGAGCGCCCCCGCGGCGCUGGCCGGCCACAGCAAGGGCCCCCUCCGGGGGAGCCUCAAGGUGCGUCCCUGGAGGGCGCGGGGCGGGGGCGGCAGAGGGGCCCGGAAUGGGGUGCGGGGCCGGUGA